CUAGUCUGUUGCAACAGUACUCCAUGCGGGUAUCGCAAUUGCGUAUCCGUCUUGAUCUGGUUGGGUAAUCGUGCCCAAGGCGAAUUCGCGAAUCCAGGACCAGGACCGCGACGACGAUCGGUGAAUGUGGAUCACCUGUUGCUGUUGAUUUCCACGAGGAUAGUCGUGGCGUGAGUGCGGACGAACAUCCGGCUGCGAGCAAUGUCGGAGACGAGCGGGGACAAUGCCAAGUACAAGUGGACGCCCGAGAGCACCGCUCUACUUGUCUCGGUGUGGUCCGACCGGCAGGUACAGAAGCAGCUGGAAUAUGCUCCCCGGCCACAGGUGAUCUGGGAGAGCGUGGCCCGCUACAUGAAAAAGAAAGGUUACAACGUCGCAGGUAAGCAAUGCCGAUCGCGUAUGAAGCAAGUCCUGGUGUGCUAUCGUGAGGCCAAGCGGGUAGGCACUCAAGCUUGCGUGGAACAAUACUAUGAGACCAUAGAACGUGUGUUAAAGAGCAAGCGUCUGGAGCAUACUAACAUCAAUGGUGUGGAUACUGUGGACUCAACUGUAAAGUCACCACCAAAGGAUGUAAAAACCAAUAAGAAUUUGCAGAUGAGACUGAAAGUUCAAGAGCCUGUGCAAUCUCUCUUUCGAACGGACGCUUUGUCCCCCACAUGGGCGAUGGGAUAUGAAAAUGAGUAUCCAGAGUCACCUGAAUCAAAUGAGACCAUUGUAGCCAAGCCAUACAGAGUCUUUUCUCCUACGAGAGACGUUGCCAUAAACACUGGCGAGCGUUUCACUCAGACUAGUAAUCAAGCGGUACAGAAAAACCCAAUCGUGAAUCCAAUAGAGAAGCCGAUACGAUCAAUCGAGAACUAUCAACAAAAUUUAUUGGCGCCUUUUUCAUACGGAGAGAUUCCUUAUCAGAACGCAGUGCAGAAUGUACAGAAUCAAAUUAUUCAAGAGAACAUGCAACAAUAUCAUAAUAUCCAACAACAAAAUUAUACUGGAUGGAAUCAAUUACCACAACCAAAUGUGCUGACGAAUAAUCGACUUGAUUUCCAGCAGAACGUGCGUAAUCAACUAUACGUGCCGAAUGGAACACAGAACAAUGUGAUGCAGAAUCCUAAUGUAGAGAAUAUCGUGCGCCAGCAAAACCAACUGCACCGAAGUGCACCAUAUGCAAAUAAUCAAGCGAUGCCGCAGGAGCCGCGGAAAAUUGCUUACGCACAAAACAUGACUACAUAUAGACAAUAUCAAGAUGUAGAACCUCGUCUUACUUAUAUAACGAACAUUAUUCCUAAUGGAUCGUCACCGGACUAUUCCCCGGACGUUUCUCAAAACUUAAAUGAUGCUUUCUGCGAGUCAAAGAGCGACGAUAAGACACAUACCUUGAAUGAAACAUACAGCCGACCCAAUAAUCCUACGGCGGAUGCAACUGUUGUGACGAACAAUGCGACUUGUAACGACGACACUUUGCUGCUGGAAUUGUUGUUGGAUUCACCUACUCCAUCAGAGAACUGUGGAAAAUCGCGGGACAGUGCUGUGAAUACAGAUGUAAUACCGAGCGCACCGUUCAGGAAGAAAAAAGCACAAAAAUUGGAGCAGCUUGUAUUCGAUGCAAUUAAUUCUCAAAAUGAAGUUGUUAAUAAGAUUUUGGCUGCGCAGAAUGAUAUGGUGACACGAUUUCUUGACGUUGACCGAGAUAGGCAGAACAGGCUCGAGAAUAGAUUGGAUGAUUUAUUGAAUGUUGUUCAUGCUACGGUACUCAAUAAGAACGAAACGCCUCCAUCACCGCCAAUGCCGGAAACUGUGAUCACUUCCUUACUUCCGCCACCGAAGCCCGGAAUGGUCCCUCCUAAAUUGGAUUUGGUUCCUCCGAAGCCUUGCCGUGUUCCUUGUACGAUUGCGAAUUCAAACAUCGAACUAAUCAAUCAGAAUCCUGUUCUGACUAGACCCGGCGUUGUGUCACCAAUCACUGUUAGUCCAGCAGGCAAAAAGCUCGGCACGAUAUGGACGAAAUUGGGUCCAGUGUCCACAUCGCCGUUCGUGAAGGCUCAGCAACGACUUGGUUUUCAGCCUGUCUUCAACAAUGACGCACGCACGAAAUCGUCGGCAGAAAGACGUAUUGUUAAAGAAAUAGGCGGAUUGCGUAUAGACAUGCGAGGUUUGAUCUAUGAAACAUCGAAGCUGUUGGAAGCGGAGCGUGAACUCGAGGAGAAGAUAGAAAACGCAAGACUGGAAUUGAUUAUGGGUCAGACUUUGACCGCGCGUAGAAAACUGUUCACGCAGCGAGAACCCACUCCCAUCAUGAUAUUAACUGCGGCUUUCUUGGACGCCGAAUGUCGCAUAUAUGAACAAGAUCCGCCUUAUCACGGCAUCUGGAAUUCUCGGAAGGAGAUACUCAAAUACACACGACGCGAUAAUCUUGUGGCCGGACAAGGCGAGAGCUACGAGCGUAUGCGUCAAUUAAACGCGGCAGUUCGAUGUAAUUAUCUGGACUGCGAGCCAUGUGAUACAUCAACUCCAGCAAAACCACUCAACAUUGGUCAAAACGCCAAUAACGAAGACGGAAUGCCGAAACAAACCAUUCAGCAACUUGCGCGGCUCGUGAUGAACAGCGCGAGAUGGCGACAUUCCGCUCCGCCGAACCAGCAGCAAAAUUUAGUCUGUCCUCCAAUUCAAACGGUAAAUAAAAACGUUCAGGACGUCGAGUACAAUGUGACUUUUACUGCCCCGAAGGCAAAUGCACCUCCACCUCCUGGUGAAUCGCAAGGAUUCGUUAAAGGUUACGACAUGCAGCAGAAACAAGACAAUCAUACUGAAGCAGCUUCUGACGGUAGACCGUUGGCAAAUAAUCCGCGUCAAUCCAAGUUCCCGAUGGGUUUCACAACUACUAUGUUAGUCGCCAAUGAUCAAAAAAGCGCAACUCUACCGAAACAAAAGGGCGGAGUAUCUAAAGUAUUGGGAUUCGUCGAUAAACCUGUGACCGAUCGUAAGAACAAUGUUCGUUUCAUGGACGAGGCAUUGGCUGAACUACAGAGAAUGUAUAUUGAGCGUCAGAAUAAUGAAAUGUCCGAAGCAUUAUUGCCUUUCGUCAUAAGUAACGGUAAUAGUGCGAUAAGCCUGCAGAAUCGCAAUCUGAUAGAGCGUUAUGUGAACGACUUGAUGUCGAAGAAGUCGACUAGAGACAAGGACACGGACUCAGAUAAUGAUGACGAAUAUCUCGACACUACCACUAAUAUGCAUCCAACUUGCGUGAUGCGUAGAGGCUCACUGACAUCAAAUGGCACAGCGUCGACGGAAACUGCUCAUUCGACGAAACUUAAAGCAGCUAAUCAUUGUAGAAUUAGUUAA